UUGUGUUAGCAAAUGCUGAUCGGCGCUGGGGCAGGCAGGCGUUGCCCAAGCACAGGCAUCUGCUGAGAUUGUGCCGUGUCAUUUGGAGCUUUCAGCAAGACACUCGGCUACCGUGAGGCUGGGAAGGCUGUCACUGCUGCAGGAGGUAAAAUAAGAACAUGGCAUGAUGUCCUUUGGAAAAGGAGCGAUGGCAGCCAUCAGGAAGAAGCUGGUGAUCGUGGGAGAUGGUGCCUGCGGGAAGACGUGUCUGCUGAUCGUGUUCAGCAAAGACCAGUUCCCCGAGGUCUACGUGCCCACGGUGUUUGAGAACUACAUUGCUGACAUAGAGGUGGAUGGCAAGCAGGUUGAGCUGGCCCUGUGGGACACGGCAGGACAGGAGGACUAUGACAGGCUGCGGCCCCUCUCGUACCCGGACACAGACGUCAUCCUCAUGUGCUUCUCCAUCGACAGCCCCGAUAGCCUCGAGAACAUCCCUGAGAAGUGGACGCCGGAGGUGAAGCACUUCUGCCCCAACGUGCCCAUCAUCCUGGUGGGGAACAAGAAGGACCUGCGCAACGACGAGCACACGCGGCGGGAGCUGGCCAAGAUGAAGCAGGAGCCGGUGAAGCCAGAGGAGGGGAGGGACAUGGCCAACAGGAUCAACGCCUUUGGCUACCUCGAGUGCUCGGCCAAGACGAAGGAGGGGGUGCGGGAGGUGUUUGAGAUGGCCACCCGAGCUGGGCUGCAGGUGCGCAAGAACAAGAAGCGCCGAGGCUGCCCGCUGCUGUGAGCAGCCCUGCUGGCACUGCCUGCCCUGCCCGGGGCACUGCCGGCACCCAGCGCCAGCUGCACCUCACGGUGCCACCGCCUGCCCGCACCCUUGGCACCAGAGUGCCACCCCCGCUCACAGGGCUCCCUGUGACACUCCGGGGCCACGAGGGGCCAGUGCCUUCAGCACCUGCUGCUCUCCGCGGGCCGGUGCUCGUGUUGCUCCCCGUGUCGCCCCGUUCUGUACUGAGCUCCCUGGUUUUGCCCUUCCCACGGGCAUUGCUGGGGUGUUCCCUCUUUCCCCAGCUCUGGGCAGGUGCCGCAGAAGCAGGAGGUGCCGGUCACAGCUCCCGUGUGGGG